AUGCUUUGUGACUUUGUGGAAGAUGGCGAACCGAAAUGUGUUGAAUAUUUCCCGCUUAUUGCUGGUGAGACGGUACGUUAUGGUGAUCUCGUUAUCAAGAAUGAAAAGGACGAAGAACCUAUUCAGUCAAUCACGUGCCAAAAAAUCACCGUACAAAUGGAGUAA